UAUUUUAUAGAUCUAUAUAGGCUAGUGGCAAAUACCAUACCUUUGCUAAAAAUAUAAAUGUUCCAGUAUCCGGUCUAUUUUCACCUUCCAUGUUGACGAAUAAGUCAAGAAAGGGCAAAUAAAAAUGUUGUCUGCCUUCAAAGCAGUUGCCUUCAGACCAGUUAUUCAUGGAAAUAACAAGGUUGUAUCUGCUGUUGCAAUGCGAAUGAUGGCAUCAACUGCAGCUGUUACAAAAGUUCCUUUUGUUGGAGAAAAACCGCCUACUAGAGAAGAACGCAUUGAACAGUGGGACUAUGUUAAUAGCAUAUUUUAUGGACCAGAACGAGACACAAAAAACUUCCCAAUUCUAAAACAACCUGACAGAGCUGAGUCAGUUAGACUUGGUGUGUUCCCAGCUAGAUGGUUUGACUUAUUGUAUCCAAAAACAGGUGUUUCAGGACCAUAUGUUUUUUUGGGAGGAUUUGCUUUAUGGAUGAUGUCAAAGGAAAUAAUGGUAAUUGAUCAUUACUUUUGGGAAUUCCCAUCCUUCUGGAUAAUGAUUUACAUCCUUUGCAAGCAUCCAAAGAUUGGUCCUCAAGCCAGAAAGUAUUUAGAAGACAAAAUGAAGUUUGAAGAGUUCAAGUAUUUCACUCGUCCCAUCAAUAGAUGGAAGGAUGCAGCUAAUGCAGAAAUAGCCAAGAAUGAACGUUUGAUUGAAGAAACUGAAACAUCAAAACAUAUGUAUUUGGCUAAAAAGGAAGGAAUUCAGCUUCAGCUUGAAGCAGCAUACAGGCAAAGACUACAAAAUGCUUUUCAAGAGGUCAAGAAGCGACUGGACUUUGAAGUGGAAAAAGUUAGUUUGAAAAGAAAAUAUGAGCAAGAACAUAUGGUGAAUUGGAUUGUAUCCAGUGUUACUAAAAGUAUCACCCCUCAGCAGGAGAAAGAAAGCAUCAAGAGCUGUAUAGAUUCACUGAAGAGACUUUCUGCUAAAGCUGCUGCAGUCUAAAUGUAUUUAAUGUACAAUAAUUAUAGAUAUUUUCAAUUGAACACUUAUUAAAUAUACUUCAAUUAACAAUGCCUAAAUAGUAAUUUUAUGGCAUUCUUUUGAAAACAAUUACGAAUUUUGUGUAAUAAAGAAGACAAUUAUUAUGGAAA